AUGUACAACAGCCAAGGCCCUUUUGAAGCUUCAAACACAACUCAUUCUUGCAUGCAAUCUAAUCUUAAACAUAAACUAGGUAUUAAUCUUCCUAUCCAACUCUAUGGUUCAAGCUAUUACCAUUUUAUGAUAAUAUAG